CUGAGCCUGUCAAUGAGCUCUCUCUCUUUUUCACAGGGAUAGGCUUCACUACCAAGACCUCAGGCCUCUCCCAACCACCACCCCCAUACUCCUAGAUAUCUUCGGCAGGUCCCAGUCCCGGCUCCAUCGGUGCUUUUGCCCGAGCCGCAGCUAUGCUGCACACCGAGGGCCACGCUCUUCUUCGGGCUGUGGGACAGGGUAAGCUACGCUUGGCCCGUUUGCUUCUGGAGGGAGGAGCCUACGUGAAUGAGGGUGAUGCCCAAGGGGAGACUGCGCUAAUGGCGGCCUGUAGGGCCCGUUACGACGACCCUCAGAACAAGGCGCGCAUGGUCCGCUAUCUCUUGGAGCAAGGCGCGGAUCCCAACAUCGCAGACCGUUUAGGACGCACCGCUCUCAUGCAUGCUUGCGCCGGGGGUGGGGGAGCCGCAGUGGCCUCUCUGCUCCUUGCCCACGGCGCAGACCCCUCAGUCCGAGAUCACGCUGGCGCCUCGGCGCUUGUCCACGCCCUGGACCGCGGGGACCGCGAGACCCUUGCCACACUGCUGGACGCCUGCAAGGCCAAGGGCACGGAGGUCAUCAUUAUAACCACGGAUACCUCGCCCUCGGGCACCAAGAAGACCAGGCAGUAUCUUAAUUCCCCGCCGUCCCCGGGGGUAGAGGACCCUGCACCCGCUCCUCCUAGUCCAGGGGUCUGCACGUCGCCUUCAGAAGUCCAACUGCAGACUGCAGGAGGAGGAGGACGCGGGCUGUUAUCCCCUCGCGCCCAGGAAGAAGAGGAGAAAAGAGACAUUUUUGAAUUUCCUCUUCCUAAGCCCCCUGAUGACCCUUCCCCUUCGGAGCCUCUCCCCAAACCACCUCGGCAUCCUCCAAAACCACUCAAAAGGCUCAAUUCCGAGCCCUGGGGCCUUGUAGCUCCUCCCCAACCGGUUCCUCCUGCGGAAGGGAGGCCCGGCUUGGAGCGCCUGGCUGCUGAAUUCAACGGCUUGACCCUGACCGGUAGACCGCGUCUUUCUCGGCGUCACAGCACCGAAGGCCCGGAGGACCCGCCCCCAUGGGCGGAGAAAGUGACGGGUGGGGGUCCUCUCUCGCGGCGAAACACUGCGCCCGAGGCUCAGGAGUCUGGUCUUCCUUCAGGGCUAAGGCAAAAACUGAGCCGCAUGGAACCGGUGGAGCUCGACACCCCUGGACAUUUUUGCCCUGACUCCCCUGAAUCCAGCCGUUUAUCCCUGGAGCGCCGGCGAUACAGCGCCUCUCCUCUGACCCUCCCUCCAGCGGGCUCGGUUUCCUCUCCACGCCAGUCCCAGGAAAGUCUGCCUGGGGCUGUAUCCCCGCUGAGCGGACGGAGGCGGAGUCCAGGGCUGCUGGAGAGAAGAGGCUCCGGGACCUUGCUCCUGGACCACAUCUCGCAAACGCGACCGGGUUUCUUGCCUCCUCUCAACGUCAGUCCCCACCCUCCCAUCCCCGACAUUCGUCCCCAACCCGGAGGUCGGGCACCCUCACUGCCUGCCCCUCCACACUCUGGGGCACCAGGGUCUCCCAGGACCAAGCGCAAGUUAGUGAGACGCCACUCCAUGCAGACUGAGCAGAUUCGCCUGCUAGGGGGUUUCCAGAGUCUAGGCGGGCCUGGGGAACCCGGACGCUGAAAGAGAUGAGCGGCCCAAGGAGGGGGAGGGUCAGGACCCUGAUAGAGGGAGAACCAGCUGAUACCUCGGACACGGGAUCUCUUGCAUGUGCUCCUGGCACUGUGCACGCACACAUGGGUGAGCAUGUGUCCACAAGCACAGUACACUUAGUAGCGAGAAGGAUAAAUACUGUGUUUACUGGGCGUUUAGACCCACGCACCCGUGCCCUGGUCAUUUCACAAGUACAUGGGAUUACUUGGGAACCCAUAGGCACAGCACACCAACAGAGGACCACUUGUGCUAGGGUCCCAGACUCACACUUGUUCAGAAGCAGCAGGGAGCCCCCACUCUUGGCUGGUCUCCUGUAGCUUUGCCCUCCUGAAGAAGCAAUCCCUCGCUUUCCAUGUAUGCCCUGCCACAUGGCCUACCUAUCAUAUCCUCGCAUAGUCUGCUUUCUCUUCAUGACUAUCUCACCGCAUUCUGCUGGCCUCGCUUCUCCAUGCCUGGCUCCUAGCUCCGUCCCCCGCGUCCCCCUUCCCCUCCC